AUGGCCACAUUAAUAUCUGUAAAAGACUUCAAAACAUUGGAUGAUAUGAUUGUGAAAGCCCAAAAAAUUGAAGCUGGAACCUACUAUAAAAAUAAAAAUAGUAAGAAUGAGGCUACCAAUAAGCUAAUGGAUGAUCUAACCCAACAAAUGCAGCAAAUGGCAACAAAUU